UUCAAUCGUCAAACUUUUAAAGUGUUGGUGGGGGAUUCAAGCCGGUUCCAAAUAUCGCAGAAACAUUUGAUACAACAAUUUUUACUCUAAAUUCACUAACACCACUCUCGCUUGAAAUAUAUAUUGUACACAUCGAGAAUCAAGGAUUAAUUAGUGACGGGCUGCAGGUGGAAAGAGGACGGUCAAAGAGGGACUUGAUAAGGUGGAAGGUGCGAGUGAACGCCGUCGUUAAAUCGAGCGCUGGCCAUCGUCUCCCGUGGCAACGACUAGACCACGUGACCUUACCCGAGGUUACAUAUAGAAGGCGCCGCGGUGCGGGGAGCCUCUUUUCUUCCACAGUGCGUUGUGGUUGUGUGUAGUGCGAUACCGGACCUGGGUUGACGCGGAAAACAGCAGCAAAAUGCCCGAAACAUCUUACCAUAUGAACGGCUACGCCAACGGCCACAUGCCGCCGGAGCUACAGCAGGGAACCAGCUUCCUUUUCACCUCAGAAUCGGUCGGGGAGGGCCAUCCAGACAAAAUGUGCGAUCAAAUCAGCGAUGCCAUCUUGGAUGCUCAUCUGAAACAAGAUCCGAAUGCUAUGGUUGCUUGUGAAACCGUUACAAAGACUGGAAUGAUUUUACUGUGUGGAGAAAUUACCUCAAAGGCAGUCGUGGACUACCAGAAAAUCGUCAGGGACACAGUAAAGCACAUUGGAUACGAUGAUUCGUCUAAAGGGUUUGAUUGGCGUACGUUGAAUCUUUUGGUGGCUAUCGAACAACAAUCGCCAAAUAUUGCUGGUGGUGUCCAUCUGAACCGUGAAGAGCUGGAGGUGGGCGCAGGCGACCAGGGCUUGAUGUUCGGUUAUGCCACCGAUGAAACAGAGGAAUGUAUGCCACUUACAGUCGUGCUUGCGCAUAGGCUGAACCAGAAAAUUGCAGAACUCAGACGCAGCGAAGAACUGUGGUGGGCUCGCCCAGAUUCAAAGACACAGGUGACCUGUGAAUACAUAAUGGAUCAUGGAGCCUGCGUGCCUAGUCGAGUGCACACAGUCGUCGUAUCUUUACAGCACAGUGAAAAAAUUAGCCUGGAUGAACUACGAAAGGCAGUGAUGGAAAAAGUGAUCAAAAAUGUUAUCCCUGCUAAAUACCUUGACGAAAGAACAGUUUUCCACGUCAAUCCAUGCGGCCUUUUCAUCAUUGGUGGUCCACAAAGUGACGCCGGUCUUACGGGCCGCAAAAUUAUCGUAGACACGUACGGUGGUUGGGGGGCGCACGGAGGAGGUGCAUUCUCUGGUAAAGACUUUACAAAAGUUGAUCGCUCUGCUGCCUAUGCUGCAAGAUGGGUUGCUAAAUCUCUCGUCAAAGCUGGUCUAUGCAGGCGCUGCUUAGUACAGGUUUCAUAUGCAAUUGGUGUUGCUGAGCCCCUUUCGAUCACGGUAUUCGACUAUGGCACAUCCAAGUUAUCACAGAGUAAACUGUUAGACAUUGUGAACAAAAACUUCGACCUACGCCCUGGUAAAAUAGUAAAGGAGCUAAAUCUUCGCAAGCCAAUAUAUCAACAGACAAGUACAUACGGACACUUUGGUAGAGACGGAUUCAGCUGGGAACAACCAAAGACCCUAAUUCUCGAUUGAACAGUAAUUGAUGAAAUCGAUACAGUUUCUUAACUUAAAACCAUUAAACUUAGUAGGUUACGCUAUGUCUUCUAGCCCCUGAACAUUAUUUUCCCCCAAUUUGACAAGUGAAAUUUAUUAACAGGGUUUUAUCUUCCUUAUUUAUUUAUUUUAAAGCCCAUGUAUUGUGUGAGCCAAGUUGCAUCGUCCUAAUCAAAAAUUAUACAGAAUAGAAAACUCCAGACCCGGGUUUGAUCUAAGGUGACAAAUACCUAAUUUUAAUGUCAUGGCUGAAAGCCCGUCUGUAUUUCCAUAGUUUUUUUUUUCACAAUAGUUGACAGCAAUCUUCUGUAAUUUUUUUUAUCUUGAAUGAGAUAUUAAAUACAUGUAUAUAUAUUUUUUUUUAAUUAAAACAUGUGCGUCUAGACCAUUAAAUACGUUACUCUAGUUUUGAAACCUACUUUUAUUGAAUGGGUUUCAGUUCGAUUAAAAUCAGUAGUUGUUCAGUUCGAAAAAACAAAAAGCAACGCGAUGUACACGGAAAUUGUAACUUGAAAAUUUUACGCAACUGAUAAUAGCAACAAUAUAGGUAAAAAUUGAGCCCACGCAUAUAUGGUACAAAUACAAGGAAGUACAAACUAUUCAUAAUACAUAGAAGACAGCAACUUGGCAAAGUUUUUGCCAUUGGAGAAGAUUCAGUUACAUUUUAUUUGUAGACAUCUACAUAAAUUGCUUGCAAAUCUACGUAUUAUAGUUUCGUGGUAAGAUUAAAAUAAAUUUUCAAGCUGUGAAGGAACAGAGAAAGAUCUUCGAGGCAAGUGAAACCCUAUAGUGUAACACAUAAAACACAGUACACCUGGAAAAUAUUCGUGUCAUCACCGAAAACAAAACCAAACCUACAAGUAACAUUGAAAUGAGUAACUAUAUACAUAAGUCUGUAUAUAUUGGCAGUGAAAUGUCACAUCCCUAGCUCUUAGGUAAUACUUAAGGACAUGGUAUGAGAAGGGGCACCCAAAAAGCAGAAUGACAUUAUUAAGUAGAACGGUAAUGAUUGCUUUAAUCGCGAUGCUACACUCAGGUGCUAGAAAAUUAAUGAAACGGUGGGACAGAGACUGUCUGCUACACGCGAUGUCAUCUUAACGUCACAAUCGAUUUUUGGUAAAAUAAGACGGUAACUGUAAUAAACUAAAUUCAAAACAAAACCACCAUUUCUUUGAUCCGUAAACGGGAUAUUUCAACUUGAAUGGCAGUGAGGAACACAAAUAGUACCAUACUAUACACGAUGACUUUUCGACUCAAAUUUAGUGUUUUUGGAUUUGAAAUCAUGAAUACAUAGAAGCAGCGUGAUUGAAUUAUCACGGGUGCAAGAUGUAUGCCUGGCUACUAUUUCUUUAAGUGUUUCUGUUUAGUGAUUCUUCCUGAUCUAAUAGUUUGUAAGUUUACAUGAAUUUAUCCCAUAAUCAUGACCGAAAUAUUGUAUGUGACUUAAUGUAGAGGCUCCUAACUCGUCCCCAAGUUAAAUACUAAGUGAAUCGUUCGUUCGUACCUAUUUUAUUAUUGGAUGAUACAAUAAUCUUUUGAAUGAGGAUUAUGCUGGUAUCAUUCGUCGAGAAGUAGAGAAAAAAUUUUAAUUCGAUUUCUUUAAUCAUACUUCCUCGUAGAUGGAGCUGCAUCGUUGUGCCGAUUUUACCACUUUAUAAUUAAGAGCGGCCUCAUAAGACACUAUUAUGUGUAAACACGAAUGUGAGGCGAAGUGUAUGAAUUCAGCAUUUUUUGCACAACGACACCCGUCAGAAGGUCUCAAUACAAAUGAUAGUUACUCAGGCACCAAAAUUGUACGACAAAGCUUGAAACGUUACUCACAAAAGAAAGAAGAGUUUAUCAUUGUCAGGCACUGUGGAACCAAUUAUAGUCAAAAUAAUGACAACAUUUUUUUUGUCAUGAUAUCUGAUUUUUUGUAAGCAUGACUAAAUUCGUCAUUUGAAAAUGCAUAAUAAAAAAGAAUUUUUUAAUGAA